UUUAUGUAAAACCCUGAAUAAUAUACUGUGUGAUGCAGCUCUCAGACAUGAAGUCCCUCAGAACAAUUUUCUUUUCUCGAAAGCACUUUCUCAUUUCCACAAUCUCCUCUUCUUCUACUCCAUCGCCCAUCUCCUCCCGCUCCCGCCUCAAUCCCAGCUCUUCCCUCUUUCACUGUGCCGGCCGUUUCAACGCCGCGCAGCUGUCAACUACUGACGUCCCUGCUCCGAACGGCAACUGCCUCGCCGCUUCCGGUCCAGGAAACGGAAAGGACCGCGGUGUUUGGACUAUUUACGACCCCGUUACGAGUAAGUUGCUUACUCAAAGGGUCAAAAGCAGUAGCGAUAGAAAAGAUCCCGAACCGAGCUUUGGAAAUGAAACCUUCGGAGCUUCGUCGAGAAAUGGAGAUGGGACUGAGGAGUUCUUGAACGAGAAGACUUCGGAGAGUGUGAGGAAAGUGGGUUUAGAAGGUGGGUCUGUUAGUAGGCCAAAGUUGGGGAAGAUUGUGGGAUCGAAGAAGAAGAAGAGCAAAGUUUCUUGGGUUUGUUCGAGCUGUGGCCAUAGUGAGGGGCAGUGGUGGGGAACUUGUCGCUCCUGUGAUAUGGUUGGGACAAUGAAGCAGUUUACUGAGGGGGAUGAUACUGGAGGAGGGAGUCGAGGGUUUGAAGUUUCAGAAAAUGUGGUUCGAGCAUGGCUUCCAAAGCAGGCCACCGACGUGCAUCCUCUGCGGUUGACAGAUGUGAACCGAGGGAUCAACACUCUGGAUUGGAGACUUCCUUUGCCUGGUCCCUUUGGAAAUGAAGUGGCGAGGGUACUUGGUGGUGGGCUGGUUCCAGGUUCUCUGGUUUUGGUUGGUGGUGAUCCUGGUGUUGGCAAGAGUACAUUGUUGUUGCAGAUUGCUGCAAUUUUAGCUGAAGCGUGUGGUGAAGGCGAUUUGACAUCGGUUAUUUAUGUCUCUGGUGAAGAGAGUGUGGAUCAAAUUGGAAAUAGAGCAGAUCGAUUGAAUAUUGAAACAGAGAAUCUUUUCUUGUAUUCAAGUACUGAUGUUGAGGAUAUAUUCGAGAAGAUUCAGCCUCUAUCUCCUAGAGCCUUGAUCAUCGAUUCUAUUCAGACAGUUUAUUUGCAAGGAGUAGCUGGAAGUGCAGGAGGAAUUGGACAGGUGAAGGAAUGCACCUCGGCCCUUCUUCGUUUUGCAAAGAGAACCGGCAUCCCCAUUUUAUUGAUUGGACAUGUGAACAAAUCAGGAGAAGUUGCUGGACCUCGAGUUCUAGAGCACAUCGUGGAUGUUGUACUGUAUAUGGAAGGGGAGAAAUGCUCGUCACAUCGGCUACUACGACCAGUGAAGAAUCGAUUUGGAUCAACAGAUGAGCUUGGAGUAUUUGAAAUGUUGCCAUCGGGACUGGAAGUGGUGUCAAAUCCGAGCGAGAUGUUUAGAAGGGAUAACAAUGCAAAUUCGAACUCGGAGUAUUUGGCAGGACUUGCUGUUGCAGUGAUCAUGGAUGGAACUCGCACCUUCCUGCUUGAAAUUCAGGCAUUAUGUUUGUCAAGAUCAUCCGUUUCUAGACACGUUAAUGGGAUUCAACAAAGCAAGGCUGAUAUGAUAAUAUCGGUUCUCAUGAAGCAAGCUGGGUUAAAGCUACAAGAUAGCGUCAUUUUUUUAAAUGUUGUCAGCGGGGUGACACUGACAGAGACUGCAGGAGAUCUUGCGAUUGCAAUGGCAAUUUGCAGCAGCUUUUUGGAGUUCCCCAUUCCGAACGACAUUGCAUUCAUCGGUGAAAUCGGCCUUGGCGGUGAGCUUCGCAUGGUGAGUCGAAUGGAGAAGCGGAUCAAUACUGUGUCUAAAUUGGGUUUCAAAAGAUGUGUAGUACCCAAAUCAGCUGAGAAGUGUCUAGGAGUGGUAGAAUUGGGAGAGACGAGGCUGAUAGGUUGCAGAAAUUUGAAAGAUGUUAUCAACGAUGUGUUUAUGGCGAGAGAUGGAGCUAGAAGUGUACAGUCUUUUGUUGGGUAGUUUAUAAGCUUCUUAAUUCUUGGUGUAAAGAUGCAAUGUGCGUAGAUGUAUUUUUUUGGGUCCUUCGAACAAACGGAUUGAUUUUACUCGAUGAAAAUGAUGAUAGUUUUUAUAUUGGCAUGAAGUUUAGAGUUCAAGAAA